GCGUGUUUUUCAUAAAAAAGUACUCAGGAACAUGAAUUCCUUCCUUCCAUCCGCCGCUGGUGGAUAUCAUCACCAUCAGCAUCAACAACAAGCUGGAAAUCAUCAUCUAGCCACUACUUCCUCGUUGGUUGAUCCAAAGUUUCCUCCCAACGAGGAAUACAGUCAAAAUAAUUAUAUACCUUCGACCGGAGCAGACUUCUUUUCAAGCGGUAGCGGUGGUCAUCAUUUGAGCCAUCCACAAUCUCAACUACAAUACGGCUACCAUCAACAUCAUCAUCAAGCGGCGUCGACUCCUUACGGGGCUUCCUCUGCGGUACAAUUAAACGGAGGAUAUGCAGGAUAUGGCGGAUAUUAUGGACCUCAUCAUCCUCAUCACCAAGUGCAUGCAGUUCAUCACGCUAGUUUACAUUCUCAUCAUCACGCGGUUGGUGCUUUAGCGAUGCCGCCGGAAGCUCAACAACCACCGCUCACGUGUCCGUCGUCAAUACAAAGUCAACAGCAACAACAGCAGCAGCAACAACCAUCUGUACCGACGUCAACUAUCCUUGGAUCCACGCCUCUGUCACCAUCUAUAAUGCAGAAUCAUGUGCAGCAGCAGCCAGAUGCCCUUCAGCAUCAUCAGCAUGAAAAUAAUGCCUGCAGUCCAGCCGGUUCGGGUCAGUUGCACCGAGACAAUUCACCUGAUCUUCAAACGCAACAAUCGUUGUCUCAGCAAUCUCAACAUAUACAGAGCGGCCAACAACAAACGCCGCCACAGCAGCAACAACAUCAUGUAGAAGACAGCUCGGACGCGGAUGACAUAGAAGAUGGUCAGAUGGAGGGUUCACCGGGAAUGAUGGAAGAAGAAGAAGAAGACGAGGAGAAUAGAGAUCGUACGAUUUAUCCAUGGAUGAAAAAAAUUCAUGUUGCAGGCGUCG